CUCUCCAACCACACCAGCUCUUCCACACCAAGCUUCCACACAAGCCAACUAUCAAUCACUCCACAAUCGACCAACCCUCAACAGCCUCAGAAAUCGACAAGAACAAACGCAAACAUGACCGACUCAACAUACCCCCUCACAAACCCCCCAACCGACCUCUCAGCAAUCUCCCAAAUCGACACUUCAAUCCUCUUCCCCACCUUCACCGUCCCCGACGCCUGGGAACUGGGCUGCCUCCUCCGCAGCCGUCUCUCCACUUUUCCUUCUCCAACCGUCAUCUCAAUCACCCUAGCAAACGGCACACCUUUAUUCUACACAGCCGUCCACCCAGGAAUCACCCCCGACAACAGUCAUUGGGUGGCCAGAAAAAGCGCUACCGUGUUGAGAUUUGGAACUUCUACUUGGUAUAUGCAUAAUAAAUUCCAGGGUGAUGAAAAGGCUUUUGCGGAAAAAUAUUGUUUGCAGGAGAAGGCGAAGGAGUAUGCUAUUCAUGGUGGUGGGUUUCCGGUUAGAGUCAAGGGUGUGGAAGGGGUUGUUGCUGUUAUUGUGGUCAGUGGACUGAAGCAGCAGCAGGAUCAUCAGAUCAUCGUGCAGACUUGUAGGGACUUUUUGGAUGGGGUGGGUGAGGGUGAUGAGAAGAGAAAGGAGGAUUAGAAUGGGUCAUGAUUGGAGCCAGUCAGCAGAGCAUAUGAGAACAGUAUUGAGAAAGCAAUAUGAGCUGGUACAGACUGUUGUCUUUCGUGAAAAUGAUUCGUCUCAGGCAACUGUGAAAAUGGUUCGUCUCGGGCAAGAAGCAUGGUCUCACGUCUCUCUCCUCAUUGACGUCAGUAGGAUCAGGACGAAGAUUGGAAAGUUGCAUUGACUACUCUUAACUGUUUGCUAUGUCGGAGGGAAGGUGUGAAAGGGAAAAAAGUGGUGAAGCAGAAACAACAAGGGGGUAUCCUUUUUUCGCGAAUCGCAAAUGAAACCGGCCAGAGGGAUCGGACGAAUGCAGCGCCUUAUGCUCCCAGAACUCCAUCAACCCAAAAUGAAACCACGCUUUUUCUCUCCUCUCUCGUCCGUGCUGCAUUACUAUAUCCACAGGAUAUCAAAUACUGUCAGGGCAGAGCCCUCGCGUCUU